AUGUCCGCUACUAAUCCAGAGAGUGAGCGCGAACUACAUUCCAGUAAUGAACCGGAUUUGAAACCUUACAGUUCUUCAAAAUCUUCGGAGAGCUCCCACACCGAGGAGGAAGUCGAAGGCUUCACGACUGGAGCUACCCGUACGCAAACAAAUGCCAGUGACUCGUCGGCCUUGAGUCGCACCAUUUCUCGAGUAUACACGCAAAGUACAAAUUUCGAAACACCGCUACCAUCAAUGGGCGGAGGUAGAAGCACGUACCCUGCAAAAAUACCCAACGAGGAGGAAUAUGAGGUCCAAUUCGAUAGUGAUGAUGACCCACUUAAUCCACUGAAUUGGUCAUUUCGACGGAAGCUCGUUGUCGGUGCUGCAUGCGUCUGGCCUACAACUGUUUUAUCGUGGGGAUCUUCGAUCUACGGUAAUGCGACGACCGAAAUUAAGCAUAUCUAUCAUGUUGGCACCCCAGUCGCUAUUCUGGGCGUUUCCCUGUAUGUAAUUGGGUUUGCUACCGGCCCAAUUAUUUUCGGCCCCAUGUCCGAGAUCUACGGCCGGAAAAUACCUAUGCUGAUCUCUAGCAUUCUGUUUACUGCAUUCACUUUUUGGUGUGCUACGGCUGACCAUUUUUACCACAUUAUGUUGUAUCGCUUUUUUGCAGCAGCUUUGGGUGCAGCGCCCCUCGUGGUAGCGGCUGCAGCCCUGGCUGAUAUGCUUCGAACAGAUGUUCGAGGUAUUGGUAUAACACUAUUUUCAUUGUGUGUCAUUGCUGGUCCCAUGAUUGCACCUGUCGUGGGUGGAUAUAUUGCGAACUCAUAUCUCGGUUAUCGGUGGGUGUUUUACAUCACAGGUAUCAUGGGUGCUUCGGGAAUCCUAUGUGUCAUUUUCUUUCUUGAAGAAACUUACCACCCGUUAAUUCUUUGUAAUAAGGCUCGAGAACUUCGGGAGCGCACAGGAAACAAUUUCAUUUAUGCUGCCCACGAGCGGGUCAGACCCGAUUUCAACACAAUCGCCAAGAAGGUCCUGGUUCUCCCCGUCAAAAUGCUUUUCGUAGAACCCACCCUCAUGUCUCUGUCACUUUAUCAUGGAUUCAUCUAUGGUAUUCUGUAUCUUUGUCUGGAAGCAAUUCCUCUCAUUUUUACAGAAAAAUAUCAUUGGCAUGGAGGUAACAUUAUGCUGCCUUACUUAGGUAUGUUUAUUGGUGCAGUCUUGGGAAAUAUGACCAGUAUUUUUGUCUUUGAGCCUCUCUUCAAAAAGACCCUUGCAAAGUCAGGGAAAGCUGUUUUACCGGAGGCUAGGCUGCCCCUCAUGAUUCUUGGAUCCAUUAUUUUCCCAAUUGGUAUUUUCAUGCUUUGCUGGACAGGUAACUAUCAUGUUCAUUGGAUCGCUCCAGUUAUUGGAUGUGCUUUAAUCGGCUUUGGAAUGAAUAGCCUUUUCUUACCCAUUUUCAACUACAUCAUUGAUACCUAUCUAUUUCUCGCCGCGUCUGCCCUUGCCGGCAAUACCUUUUUGCGUUCAUCUAUGGGCGCUUCCUUCCCUAUCUUUGCCACGGCUAUGUUCCAAAACUUGGGCAUUGAAUGGGCAGGCACCUUGUUGGGCUGUUUAGCAGUUCUGCUUCUUCCUAUACCUUUCUUGUUCUACAAGUUCGGCGCGAAAAUUAGAAGAGCCUCCAAGUAUGCGGUCGACCUCGACAACAAAGAGUGA